AUGUUCGUCCCAUGUUUUCCUUCAAGAUUUAUCUCACCUUUAAUCUGUGCUAACUAUUGCGAGGAUAACUUCGGCUUGCCUCCUGAUGCCCAGGAUUUCGUUGACAUUGAGACCUUCAAGGAAAUUCUAAAAUUGGGCGAUGAGGGCUCAGAACGAGAAUUCUCAAAAGAGCUUGCCUUCAGUUUCUUUGAACAGGCAGAGAAUACUUUUGAUGAAAUUGACAAUUCUCUUGAAGAAAGGGACUUGAAAAAUCUUUUGGCUCUAGGCUGUUUGCUCAAGGGCUCUGCAGCCGCUCUGGGCAUUUACAAGGUAAGGGAUGCCUGCGAAAAGAUCCGGCACUGGGGUGCUGGUAGGGAUCAAAGCGGAUUCGAGCACAUUGAGCGAGAAGAGAGCCUGAAAAAGAUCCGCGAUAUAUUGCCAUGUCUGAAAGUAGAUUAUAAGGCUGUGAAGGAUUGGUUGAUUGAGUUUUUUGGACCUGUAGAGUAG